GGGAAUUUUGAGAUUAGUGUUUGAACUAUUCUUUGUGUGCUUGAAAGAGAUUGUUGAAUUACAACUUUCAGUGCUUCUGAAAUUUGUGUAGAUUUAAUUUUUAAGAAACUUGACUAUUCGACAAUGUAUUCCCGAAUUUCGGACGAUAUUUUGCGGGAGUCAAAUGUGAAAAUUGUGCGGAAAUGUCAAGAUGCUGAUAAGACUAAAAGUAAAAGGGGAGAAAAACGAAAAUCCUUGCAGGUUCUACAACCUUCUGCUACUAAUCAACACGUGCUAGUUGGCAGAGAUGGUGUACACGAGGGCAAAAAUAUACCUAAGAUGAAGAAGCCCAAGCUGAAGAAAAGAACUCUAGACAUGACAGACUGUGAAGCUGUCAACAGUCCAGCAAAAAUAAGAAAAGGCAGUGCUGGCAACAGUACAAGUGAAAUUGACAAGUGCUUAGAAGAAACUAUUCAAAAACAAGGAUCCAAAGAUGCAUCAUUCUUAAUGUCUGAAGAUAUUCCAACUGCUUACUGGAAGGACCUUGCUGAAGAGAGAAGGAAAGCUUUGGAGGAGGCCUUGAAAGAAAAUGAAUCUCUGCACAUACAACUGGAAGUUCUUGAAGAAGAAAAUACUCAGCUUAGAGAAAUAGUCGACCUUGCAAAGGGACUAGCAGAGACAGUGGAGGGUAUAACAGAAUAAGACUUGUUAGCAUAAUGUGGAACCUCAAAGCACUUUUGUGAAUUUGAUUAAAAGGUUGUUCAGUUUCCCUCUGAACCAAGUUGCCAUUUUACUCAACAAAGCAUUCCAGGUCAUCACAGCAUCAUUUCUCAUCUUCUACGUUGAAGCUGGUACAAAAGCUGAUUUUAAGAUAAUUACAUUACUAUAGAAGAACCUUGUGACAAGAAUUCUGAAAAAUUGUGCGAGAUAUUGUUAAAAUGGUCUCUUUAAUGCCUGAAAUUUAUGCCGUGUUAAGGUAUAUACAGUUGAGAAUGGCCUUAAGUUUUUCAGUUUGUGAAUUUUUUCUGUCUUGCUUUGUAUUCAUAUAAGUGUUUGAUUUCUUUAUACUAUUUUUUUAUUUCCAAUACGUAGACUAGUUUGUAAAACGUAAAUGUAAUUAAUCUUGGUAUUUACGAUCUGGAAUUGUUUGGUAAUACAAGUUAUGUAGAUAAUUUUCUUUUUGUUAAUUUAAAUUCCAUCUACAAAAAUACAGUUGAAUGUUUCAUUGAAAGGUUUUCCUUUUAGAUGUAAAAAAUUAAAAUUAUUAUGAACACAAUACCAAAUGUCUUGUAAUUAUGCUAAUUAGCUACAUACGGAGAAUGUUCAUUAAGCUAUAAGUAAAUCGGAUUUUGGGCUAAAUUAGAUAUGCUAGAUAAACCUUCCACUAACCUUCAUUUGACCUGUUAUGCCAUGCUCUGGGACUUUUAAGUUUUUCAGAUUUUGGGCUAAAUUAGAUAUGCUAGAUAAACCUUCCACUAACCUUCAUUUGACCUGUUAUGCCAUGCUCUGGGACUUUUAAGUUUUUCGUCCAUUUUUAUUAUUUUUGAUUACCAAGAGUUUUUUCCCUAAGUGCCCUAGAAAAAUACAAUAUGCCUCAUAACAUACGAUAGAAGAUUAUGGGAUGCCCUAGAAAAAUACAACAUACCUCAUA